AUGUCUUACACUGGAUUGGCCAUUCUUGGCCUUAUGCGCCCCCCAACCGCGUCAGACACGCGCGCGCAAGCCAUUGCGACGAGCAAACCGCAUCCAGAAACGCAAUUCCUCCUCACAGUCCCAGCUUGGGGAGCGGCUGAGAGCAAAGUCGCCUCGUACUACAGCUCCAAGUACAAGCCUUUUCCCACCCAAGAGGACCUUCUUUUCACCAGCAAGGAUGUCUCUGUCAUCGUUCCCCUCCUGACUCCUCCCAAGAUCAUGGAGCUGUGUCUGAAGUCCUGGCUGAAGAACCAGCCGCAUGAGGUCAUUUUUGUCACCACCUUUGACUAUUUCCAAACUGUCCUCUCAGCUCUUGAGUCCUAUGACUUGACUCCGGAGGACCGUGCGAUUAUCAACGUCUUCCACCUUGACAAGGGUGUUAUGGGCCACCGCCUCCAGCAUGCCAUGGGCUUCAAAGAGGCUAGUGGCAAGAUCCUGGCUGUCACUGAUGAUCAGAUUCUCUGGUCUGAUGAUAUGUUGAAGAGCAUGCUCCCUUGUUUCGAGGACCCCAAGGUCGGUGCAGCGGGUGGUCCAAUUGGUGUUCGCAUCCCUGAGGAGCGCCGUUCCAAGGACAUCAUUACGGGCUGGGAGGUUGCUGGUGCCAAGUUCCUUUUCAACGGCCGUGGUGGUAGCACUGCCAGCUGGGUCGCAGACAAAUGGACAUGGUGCCUGGCUGGCUGUAACUGGCUGGCUCGCACAGCCAUCUUCCAGGACCCCGUUUUCCUCGAUGCCUUCGUCACCGAGACGUGGGCCGGUCGCCCCCUUAACUCCGGAUCUGACAAUAUGGUUACCCGCUUCCUCCAUCAACAGGGCCAUGUCAUCGCAAUCCAGAACACCGAGGGCGCUAUGGAGCGGAACACGCUGCAGAACUACCUGAAGUUCCUCACCGAAGUCCCCCAGACUUACCGCCACCCGUACAUCCUGUACAGCACUGUCAACCGUAUCCUCCGGGUUCCUGUUGGCCUGAUCCACAUCCUUGGCUGGGUUCAUGCCCUCCAGCACCAGCCCCUCCUUGCACUGGUCUUCCUCGCCUACUACAUUUACGCGAUGGUCCCCACCUACCGCAAGUUCUGGGCCACGUACCCGUACAUGUACAGCCCUUGCAACCUGCUGGCUGCUCUUGCUGUUGACUUUUCCCCUAUUCCCGUUGGUCUGUGGGGCAUCUUCACCUUGGACACUGACACCUGGGUCCACGGAGAUGGAGCGACCGCCAAGAAGCAGCCCGGUAUUAUCAUGAAGACUACUCAGGAUCUUGGAACCUCGACUCAGGCUGCUGAUGUUGCUGCCGACGACGACCUGAUCUUGCUUCGUUCUCAGAUUCCACCGGCUACAGAGGCGAACGAUGCGACCCAGGACCAGGAUGAGGUUCAGUACAGCAAUCUUUGCCAGUCUACCAGCAACUGCACUAAGUUCGGACAUGGUGCGGAGCAGAGCGAGGAGGGUCUUGUGGCUCUUUCGGAGGCGGCUGAGCUGCUGAACGAGGCUGAGCCCGAGAAAGAGAAGUGA